GAUAACAACAUGCUAAUAAAAGACUUCGACAGAUCUUUCUUUUUAUCAAGUCAGCAAAGAUGAUCUCACAAAGUACGGUCGUGUUGGUGAUCUGCUCCCUAGGGAGUUUUGUCCUUGGACACCCAGGGUUCAUGGACCUGAUCCCUAACGGUCACAUGGUGCCAAAUCCGUGCCCAAAUAAUAGCAGCUAUCCCUGGCACGGAGUAGGACACAACAACCGCACAGGCGGAGGUAUCGCUAACGUGUUCGGUGCUGACUUUCUGACGGCAAACAUGACAUGGACAAAGGCCUUUUGUAUGGCUGAUUCCGACAUUGAUGGCAAGACUAACGGCUUUGAACUCGGUGACCCCGACUGCAAGUGGGUUCAAGGUGGACCUCCAGCAGGCAAGCCAUUCUCACAUCCAGGUGUUUGUGAACCAAUGACAAGUAAAACCUGUAUUGCUGUUAAUUUGAAUAUUAGAUGUAUCUAACUUAUGACGUCAUUAAACUUUGUUUUAUAUCGUU